CGAUUUCAGUUUCCAUUCACGUUUUCUCUUACUGUUGCUAACGGAAGAACCUUCGCGCCAAAAUUCCACCGGUCUCUCUCUCAGAUUCCAUUCGAAUUCUCUCUUGUUCCUUCGAUCUGCAUUCUACUCUCUGAUUUCAUUUUCGGAUACGGUGAUUGAAUUGAAGUUCUGUGGAAACGAAGAAUUAAAUUAGGAAUUGGCGUUUCGUUGAAUUGUAUGUCAACCCUUGGACAUAUGAAACUAGUAUCUGACUGCUGAAAUGAGAUGCAAUGCAUGCUGGAGAGAAGUAGAAGGGCGGGCAAUUUCCACAACAUGUGGUCACCUACUGUGCACUGAAGAUGCCAAUAAGAUAUUAAGCAAUGAUGGAGCAUGCCCUAUUUGUGAUCAAGUCCUUUCAAAGAGUCUCAUGAAACCUGUGGAUGUCAAUCCCAAUGAUGAAUGGGUCAAUAUGGCCAUGGCGGGAGUGUCUCCACAGAUAUUGAUGAAGAGUGCAUAUAAAAGUGUGAUGUUCUACAUUGGGCAAAAAGAACUGGAGAUGCAGUGUAAAAUGAACAAGAUUGUUGGUCAAUGCCGGCAGAAAUGUGAGAUGAUGCAAGAAAAGUUUACAGAAAAACUAGAGCAGUUGCAUACUGCUUACCAAAAAAUGGCCAAGAGGUGCCAGAUGAUGCAACAGGAAAUUGAGAGCUUAACCAAGGACAAUCAAGAACUUCAGGAAAAAUUUGCUGAAAAAUCCAGGCAGAAGAGAAAAUUAGAUGAAAUGUAUGAUCAGCUGAGAAAUGAGUUUGACUCUGUGAAGCGGUCUGCCAUACAGCCUGCAAGCAACUUUUAUUCCAGAAAUGAGCGUGAUUUGUUCUCCAACCCGCCUAACAUAUUGGAUGAAAGAGAAACUGGUCGAAAAGGUCUGCCGGUGUUCACUCCUACCACUCCAGGACCAAGAGAGGAUGUAUGGCCAGUGAGGCAGAAUAGCAAUAACUCUGGCCACUUCGACAUAUCUGUUGGCUCACCAGCAAAACAAAACAUCAUUGCGGGGGAUGCUGGGAACAGAAGGAUUGGUGGUCAUCCUGUUUUUGGACCUGGUGCUACUGGUAACCCAUCAAUGAAUUUGAGGAACUUGAUACUCUCUCCAAUAAAGCGACCUCAGCUCUCACGUAACCGCACCAACUUAUUCACGUGAGGAAAAAACUCUAGUCUGCUAAUUUCGUCUACUCUACACUUCAUAAUCUUCAUGUAUUUUGGUGUUUCAGAUUGUAGGCUCAAAGGAGGCUAACAAUCUAUGUCAGUUGAGCGUUCUGAUUUGGUUCUGGCCUUUGUUUCUUUGCUCUUUUUCUAAUAAAAAUUACUCGGUUAGUUAUUGCUUACAAAGAGCAGAGAAAAACAGAUAUGAAGUUUGCAUAUAUGAAUUUGUAGUCCACAUAAUGUGCUAUGAUAUUUUAAACUAAGUUUGCAUAGAUGAAGAGCUGGUAGCAGGAACUAUGUACAUAUCAUUUCAUUGCCUAGCUUAAAUUGUAUAAUUCACAGUGUAGUUUACGGUGAUUGGUGAAAACUCAAGUGUGUUGCUGAAAAAUUCUCUACUCUGAAGGAAAUGAACUGGCCGAUUUUGUUUCGAUUGAUUUGAGUAUAAAGAAUGAAAUCAAACGUCUUAAAUCUUGUUUUGAGCC